AUGUACCAGCAGUUGGGGGCUAAUCAAUCUGAGUCAAACUUGGAAGGCAUACCUCAAGGUAGGAUGAACCAACAGCAGAACUCUGCUUCAACUAACGAAACAGCACAACAGCAACAAUUCAAUUUUGUUGAUGUACAGAACGGUAUGGUACACGAUCAAGAUGCUCUUGCUCAUUGGCAAAUGAAUAAUAGUCACAGUAGUAAAAAUCUGGGUAGUUACAACUCUCGCCAACCGAAUGAUAUAACGAUAUCUGGUAAUAUAAAUAAAAGCAGUAGUAAUAAUAGCAUGAAUAUGAAUAAUCAAAGCACAUUGUCUGGGAAUGAUACCAUCGGCAGUGUGGACCAUUUGAACAUGAGUCAAAAUGUUAUACCUCAACAACAAACGUUUCAAUAUACUGGUAAUCCUAUGAAUCAACAACAACAACAACAACAACAAAUGAUUAUGGGGAAUACUCCAGUACAACCAGCUAUAUAUAACAUAAACAAUAAGAAAGAACCUGCGAUGGUUAUGGAGAUGUCAAGAAACAGUACAACUACACCUUAUAUUCCAGUCGAAUCAUCACGUCAACAACAGUAUCCACAACAAACGCAAAUUUCAUUAAAGGCUUCACAAAGUGCAAAUAAGUUGAAAAAGCAAUAUAGUAAAAACAAGAUUAUUCCAGAGAGUGCAAUUAAUAAUUUCCAAGCUCAAUCUGGAUUUUCAGGACAUAGGGCAAAGAUACCGACACCGAUAAACGUUGGUCCGCAAAACUCAUAUAACAACAUACGUGGUUCUUCACCAAACACUAUGAAUCCAAACACAUCAUAUCGAAGCUCUAUCGAUUCACCUGUUACAAUGUUCCCAUUUGCCAUAAGAAAAUAUUUAUCCAAUAUGGCAGCUAUCAAAUUUCAUGAUAUGAUAGACAUGAUAAAUCUUUCGGUAGGAAGAAUAACACAACCUAGUUACUGGCAGAAGUGCAUGAAUGAAGUAUUUACUCCCGACGCAAUAAUCAGAUACAGCAAGACCUCUACCACAGAAGUAAGACAGUUCGACUUUUUGGUUCCAUUAGUACCAAUUUUGUUUGUCACACUAGGUAGAUUAGGUGUCGUCAGGAUUGAAGUUCUGACACAACAAUUAAAGACGGAGCUAAUAAGUGAUGGUACAAUAUUUUUUGAUUGCCCGAGAUGUACCUUUACAUACCAUUAUCCAGAUGGUUCUUAUAUCACACAUUUUGUUCAACUGAAAGGUCUAUUCAAUCCUGAAUUAAAGAUAAAAUGGGGUGAUCUACAUAUGCAUAGUUUCGUUCCAGGUAUCGAAUGGAAUUCCUUAGAGAGACUUGUAAGUAACAAUUUUGGUAAUUUUGAUAUUUUCAAAAAAUUAAGUGAGAAAGACUUAGAAAAUAUUGUUAAAAAUGAAGACGACACCAUUAAAAACGAAAAUGCAAAUGAAAAUGGAGACAACAAUAUAAGUGCUAGGGAUUAUAAAGAGACUCAAUCACAAGAUGACUCGAAUGGUAGCAACAGUUCGAUAGGGUCACUUCCACCAAAUUUUGAAGCCAUUACGCAGUUACGUUCUCAUUUUAGCGUAUUUAGAAAUGUGUCUGUGUUUGGUUCACAAGAAGGGCUGAUGAGGGUUAUGCAGGUCAGUACCGUCAUGUCUUCUCUUAAGAAUUUAUGGAUGUAUCAACGAUUACACAAGAUAGAUAGCCCAUUAGCUGCUAUGCAUCAAUAUGUGGAACGUUAUAAAAAGGACAUUAAGGGACCUACUGUUCUCCAAAACCGCCAAUUUCUACAACAGCAACAACAAAACCAACAGAGGCAAAAUCUCCAGCAAGCAUCUAACGCAACAAAUAUAACAGGUUCACAGGAAGGAGAUGCCACCGCAUUUAACCAACCACAUCUAGUAAAUAAUGGCAAUCCCAAGUUAUCCAUGACUCCAAUUGAUUCCAUGUCACCAUUCUCUCAAGAAAAUAUGAAACCAUCUUCUUCAUCUGGUCCACCAUCUGAAAGGAGGCCCCCUUUAAAGAAGAGGAGAACUAGUUGUAUUUCACCACAUUCGCGCGGAACACCUAAUUCGGUACCAUCAUCUUAUGAUUAUUCUAUAAAAGAAUAG